AUGAGCAAAAUGACGGACUCAGUAUCUGGUAAGCAUCAGGACGAUCUGGCCCAGUUGCCCUUCCUGACCAUGUGCAUCAAGGAGAGUCUGCGGUUGCACCCCCCCACCCCCGUCACAGUCAUCUCCCACCACUGUACCCAGGACGUUGUGCUUCCAGAUGGCCAGGUCAUCUCUGAAAGUGUUAUCUGCCUCAUCAGUAUUUUCGGGACCCAUCACAAUGCAUCGGUGUGGCCAGACCCUGUGGUCUAUGACCCCUUCUGCUUUGACCCAGAAAACAUCAAAGGGAGGUCACCUCUGGCUUUUAUUCCCUUCUCCGCGGGGCCCAGGAACCAUAUUGGGCAGACGUUCGCCAUGACUGAGAUGAAGGUGGUCCUGGCGCUCACGCUGCUGCCUGUCCUGCCUGAUGAGGAGGAGCCACGCAAGAAGCCGGAGCUGAUCCUGCGCACAGAGGGCGGACUUUGGCUGCGGGUGGAGCCACUGAGCGCAGGCCAGCAAUGA